AUGGCGGAAGAUUGGGAUCUACAUGCGGUGGUUAGAGGUUGCUCCAUCGUCACAUCAUCCUCCGUGUCUUCUUCUUCUGCUUCCUCUUCCUCCUCCGGUUUUGCCUCUUGUUACUUCCUCUCUGAAGGGCUUUCCUCCUCCUCUUCUUCUUCUUCUGGCUUCUCUAUCUUCAAAGGUGAACAAGGAAGCCAAGUUUUGUCGCUUACUUCGUACCCCUUUGAGGCAAGGAGCUCCAUUGAGGAGUUGCAUGAGCUUUGCAAGCCUUUCUUCUCCAAAUCUCAGCCUCUCUCGUUGCAAGCCUCCUCCCCCCUGUCCUCACUCUCUUCCUAUUCCUCUGCGCCACCUAAACCGGUUUUAACUCAAGAGAGGCAACAACAACAGCGGAACAAGCAGCCACACUCUGUCACCACCCCACGAUCUAAAAGAAGGAAGAACCAGCUUAAGAAAGUUUGUCAAGUGCCAUUUGAAAAUCUCUCCUCAGACAUAUGGGCAUGGAGGAAAUAUGGCCAGAAACCCAUAAAGGGGUCUCCUUAUCCAAGGGGGUACUACAGAUGUAGCAGCUCGAAGGGGUGCUUGGCAAGGAAACAGGUUGAGAGGAACAGAUCAGACCCAACAAUGUUCAUAGUUACUUAUACUGCUGAGCACAAUCACCCUGCUCCUACUCACAGAAACUCUCUUGCUGGCUCCACACGCCAGAAGCCAUUGGCAACCCAAACCGCCACCACUGAACAAGACUCCGACAAGAGCAAGAGCCUCACGAAACCCUCUUCCCCUGCCACCUCAGGGGCAGAGGAAGAGGUUCCAGCACAAGGGGAAAAGUCCGAGAGCAGAGAAGAGAAAGAGGAUAUGAUGGAUGACGAGGAAGAAGAUGAAUUUGGGUUGUCUGACAUGGUUCUAACAGAUGAUUUCUUUGAGAGUUUGGAUGAGCUGAGUCAACUCACUGCCCCUUCUGUUGUCACAGGAGACUGCUUCAGUGACCCCUUUUCAGCUAUAGCAAUCCCUUCUUGGGUGGCUAGUGGUGCUGCUACUGCUGGUGGAUGCAUAUGA